AUGAGGCAGAAGGAAUUUAUGAAUCCGGGAAAUGGUUUGAAUGAGAAAUCUGUAAGGGAAAGGCUUAGGCGAAGAGAUGCAGAAUUGGAGAGGGUUGAAGCUGGUCUUGCAAGAGCAAGAGCUUUGAUAAGAGAAGGUACCACAAACUGGAGCAGUAUUUCAGCCCCUGUGGGUGCAGAUUAUGUUCCACAAGGCGACAUUUACAGGAAUGCUACUGCCUUCCAUCGGAGUUACCUGUUAAUGGAAAAACUAUUUAAGAUCUUCAUCUAUAAAGAGGGAGAGCCGCCGCUAUUUCACAAUGGUCCUUGUAAGAGCAUAUACUCCAUAGAAGGAGUGUUCUUCAGCUUAAUGGAAAGAGACACUCACUUCAGGACCCAGGACCCUGAUGAAGCCCACGUUUAUUUCCUUCCCUUCAGUGUUGUCAUGAUCAUUCACCACCUAUUCGACCCAAUCAUUCGCGACAAAUAUGUCAUGAAGCAUGUUGUAUCUGAUUAUGUUAAGGUUAUAUCGCAAAAGUAUCGAUACUGGAACAGAAGCCUUGGAGCUGAUCAUUUCAUGCUCUCCUGCCAUGAUUGGGGGCCUCGGGCAACCUGGUAUGUCCCUCAGCUAUACUACAAUUCCAUCCGAUUAUUAUGCAACGCCAACACGUCUGAGCGCUUUAAUCCAAGGAAAGAUGCAUCAAUUCCUGAAAUCAAUCUGAUAGCUGGGGAAACCAUAGGCCUUACUGGUGGUUUGCCCCCAUCUAAGAGAACCAUUCUAGCGUUCUUUGCAGGUGGAUUACAUGGCCGUAUUAGGCCUGCACUUCUGCAGCAUUGGAAGGAAAAAGAUGAACAGGUACAAGUUUAUGAAACUCUCCCAGAGGGGCUUUCUUAUCCUGACUUGAUGAAGAAGAGCAAGUACUGCAUUUGCCCAAGUGGGCAUGAAGUUGCAAGCCCGAGAAUUGUGGAGGCUAUUUAUGCAGAGUGUGUUCCGGUGUUGAUUUCACAGCAUUAUGUCCUUCCUUUCAGCGAUGUUCUUGAUUGGGGAUCGUUCUCGAUUCAAGUUUCGGUGAAUGAAAUACCAAACCUCAAGAAAAUCUUACUUGGAAUACCUCAAGAUCGAUAUGUAAGAAUGCAGGAGAGAGUGAAGCAGGUGCAACAGCACUUUGUGGUGAACAAUCCUCCCAAGAGAUUUGACGUCUUCCAUAUGAUAAUUCACUCAAUUUGGCUUAGAAGAUUGAAUGUAGCCAUUUAG